AGGGUGGGGCGUAAGGAAGAAACGCAGUACGCAGCCGUGUGACCCCUUUUCUUCGACCCUCCCCUUUUCCGCUCUGGCUGACGCGUCACAUUCCACCUCAUCGCGUUAGGACUUGAGCGAGAGCAACGGGCGCCGCCGCCGCCGCCGAGUUGCGCUGAGGGACGCGGGGGGAAGGCAGGGGCCGGUCAGGGGGGUGCCCCAGUGCCUCCAACCCACCGGGAGGCUGUCCUGUCAGAGGGCGCUCCUCGGCCCGUCCACUCCGCAAGCAGCAGCAGCAGCAACCGCCGCCGAGAGGAUGCGCCGCCGCUCCCUGGCCCGAAGAGGCAGACGGGGGAGACGAUGAAGGAGCCGCCCCGCCGGCUUCUGCUCCUGGCCUCCUCCUGCUUCCUCCUUGGCUGUCUGCUCGGGCUUCCCAGCUGGCAUGUCUUUUGUGAAGAGCGUCCUUUAUCUGCAUCUUUGUAUUCACCACAAGAAAACUGUCCCUUGGCAAGUGCAGAUGAGAACAUCCAGGAAAAGGAGGAGAUUGACAGAUCCAUUGGAACACAAUCCUUAGAACAGGUUGACUUGAAUACAAAUAGUUAUCCUGAAGAAGAAUGUUCAGUUGACUGCAUAAAGCAAAAACAGAGCAUAGACAUGGGGGAAUUAAACACUCCUGAGGUUGAGCCUCAACCUUCAAUGGAUUUGAAUGAAGAUUCCUUUAGCGUAGCUGCUAUCCCUGAGAAUACUCUCAGCAUAUCUACCUCGGAGGUCUCAUCAGACUCUCAGCCUAAGAUAAUAGAAAAUGCCAGUGCUGAUAUCCCUGUAGUCAGCUCUGCUGAAACUGAAGAGUCAGAACCUGACUGUGAUAUUGGUGGGGCACUUGAGGCUGAUCCUCAGAAUGAGCCUUCCUCUCUUGUGACUUCACCAGAGAGCCUUGUAGGUCAACACAUAGAAAAUAUAUCUUCACAUAGCAAGGGAAAGAUGACUAAAUCGGAAUUUGAACCCAAAGUUGCUGCAGCUGAGCAAAAGACAGAUCCAAAAUCUGCAUUGAAUACUUCGGGUAAUGUAAGAGGGGAGAGAAAAGCAGGAGAAAUUGACCCUACUUCUGUAAUAACUCCAAAGGAUCCAGGAGACAUUCCCACCUUUGACGAAUGGAAGAAGCAAGUUAUGGAAGUCGAAAAAGAAAAGAGUCAGUCAAUGCAUCCAUCUUCCAAUGGAGGUCAGCAUCCCACAAAAAAGGUCCAAAAAAAUCGGAAUAAUUAUGCUUCAGUAGAGUGUGGUGCUAAAAUAUUGGCAGCUAACCCAGAAGCAAAGAGUACAUCAGCUAUACUAAUGGAGAACAUGGACCUUUACAUGCUGAAUCCAUGCAGUACUAAAAUCUGGUUUGUCGUUGAACUGUGUGAACCAAUUCAAGUAAAACAGCUGGACAUUGCCAAUCAUGAAUUAUUUUCAUCUACUCCCAAGGACUUUCUGGUUUCUAUCAGUGACAGGUACCCAACAAAUAAAUGGGUCAAGCUAGGCACUUUUCAUGCUAGAGAUGAAAGAAAUGUCCAGAGUUUUCCUCUGGAUGAACAGAUGUACGCCAAAUAUGUAAAGAUGUUCAUCAAGUACUUAAAGGUGGAGUUGGUGUCUCACUUUGGAUCAGAACAUUUUUGUCCUUUAAGCCUUAUAAGGGUAUUUGGAACUAGUAUGGUUGAAGAAUAUGAAGAAAUAGCCGAUUCACAGUACCAGUCUGAAAGACAAGAGCUCUUUGAUGAAGACUAUGAUUAUCCUUUGGACUACAAUGUGGGGGAAGAGAAGUCUUCAAAAAAUCUUCUUGGUUCUGCCACAAAUGCCAUUUUAAAUAUGGUGAAUAUUGCUGCUAAUAUACUUGGAGCAAAAACUGAAGAGCACUCUACUGAUCAAGGAAAUGAAAGUAUCCCUGAAAAUACAACUGCCACUGCCAGGGUGACACCCAAACUUCCAGAGCCAACCACCAUUCCUUCCUUAGAGCUUGUUACUUCAGAGAUACCACAAACUGAUAAGGACCCAUUAGUCGUAGAUAUGACAAAAGAAAGCCCAAUUGUUCAGCUAGUCCAUGAAUAUGAAGAAGAAGCAAGUCAGUCAACAGUGACCCUGCUACCCAGUGAUGAACAAGAGGAAGAAAUGUCAUGGUUUGAGUCUGAAACGCAAAUCUAUUGUUAUGAGUUGGUGACAGUUUGUUGCAUUUCCAGCUUUUCAGAAUAUUUAUACAAAUGGUGUUCAGCAAUAAUGACUCUGGAACGCCACCACACCAAAAUGGAUACCAGUUGGGAAAAAUACCACUCUGUAGCAUCUUGGCAGGCCCAGCUAAUUCCGACCAAAUCUUUGCAUAUUUCAGUAUAUGAACAUUCUCCAGAAAAACUGGACACUUUAAUUGCAGAACUAUCCGAAACUAUUGUAGGGGUCUUAAAUAUUGUGGUGAAUGAGACGCUGGCCAAUCAGACAGAGGGUACUUUUGAACUGGAGCCUAGCCAUCCACAGACUGUGUCUCAGUCUAUCCUCUUGGAUGUUACAACAGAAGCUAAGUCACUGUCUACAACUGAGGUGUCUUCAGAGCCUACAAAACAUGAAGCUGUAUUGGAAACCCCGGAAGUGCCUCCCCCAGAAGAAAUCCCUUCUGAAGAUGGAGUUGUAGGUUCUGUUACAGAGAAGCAGUCUACAACCAGCAUUGUAACUGAAUUCAUGGAAACUAGGACAAAAGAAACUGCCUCUACUGAAAUGAUCUCAAAGCCAACAGAGACUGUUCCACAAUCUGAAUGUACAAUUGCCAUAGAAAGCUAUGACAAAGAACCAAAAGUUGAUUCUUCAGAAAUAGAUAAGCAAGUGGUGUCUCAUAUUAUAGAAUCGUCAUCAUUGGAAAUCAAAGAUGAUGAACAGACAGUUGAGGAAACAUUUCUUUCUAUUCCUGUUCCUGGUGGAUUGCCACGAACUGCUACGGACUUCUAUGCCGAGUUGCAGAAUUCCACAGACUUGGGUUAUGCUAAUGGAAAUCUUGUUCAUGGAUCCAACCAAAAAGAGUCUGUCUUUAUGAGACUUAACAACCGUAUUAAAGCCCUGGAAGUAAAUAUGUCUCUCAGCAGCCGCUAUUUGGAAGAACUUAGUCAAAGAUACCGCAAACAAAUGGAAGAAAUGCAGAAGGCUUUUAAUAAAACUAUAAUGAAACUUCAGAACACUUCACGCCUAGCAGAACAACAGGACUUAAAGCAGACUGAGGCCAUCCAACUUCUACAAGCACAGCUGACCAACAUGACACAACUUGUUUCUAAUCUGUCAUCAACAGUGGCUGAACUGAAGAGAGAGGGUUCUGAUCGACAAAGCUAUCUUGUGAUUUCCUUGAUACUCUGUGCCAUCUUAGGUUUGAUGCUUUUUGUGCAGCGUUGCAAAAAUAAGUCCGAGUUGAAUGAUGAUUACUUCUCAAAAGUUCCCAGAAGUAACCACUAUCCCAGUCCCAAAAGAUGUGUGUCUUCCUAUGAUGAUAUGAGUUUGAAAAGAAGAACCUCCUUUCCGCUCACUAGAUCUCAGUCUUUUCAGCUAAACAACAAAGAAGUGGGCCCAGAUGAGUUGUACAUUGUAGAACCACUGAAGUUUUCACCAGAAAAAAAGAAAAAACGUUGCAAAUAUAAAAGUGAAAAAAUCGAAACUGUCAAGCCAGUAGCAGAGCCAGUACAUCCAAUAGCCAAUGGAGAAAUAAAAGGCAGGAAGCCUUUUACAAACCAGAGAGACUUCUCUAAUAUUGGCGAGGUAUACCAUUCUUCCUACAAAGGUCCCCCGUCAGAAGGAAGCUCAGAAACUUCAUCACAGUCUGAAGAGUCCUAUUUUUGUGGCAUUUCAGCAUGCACAAGUUUGUGCAAUGGACAAAUCCAAAAGACAAAAACUGAGAAGAGAGCACUCAAACGAAGGCGAUCUAAAGCCCCAGAACAGGAGAAGCUCAUAAAAACUUUAAUGCAGACUAAGACGGGGUCCUUGCCAAGCCUGCAUGAUAUCAUCAAAGGAAACAAGGAUUUAACUGUGGGAACACUUGGUGUCACAACUGUUUCUGGGCACCUUUAAAGCUAAUUGAACUCUUCACAAUGAGAGCUUUUGUAUGACAAAUCUUGUAUUUGAGUGACUGUCUGGGAGGAAGAGGCUGGUUCAUUGGGAAGCAUUCGUAAAUUAUGGUGACUUUAAAGAGAAAAAAGAUAGGAUAGCAUAAAUAACCAUGCUUGGUUAAAAAGCUUCAGCUUUUUCAGAGCUGAUUUCCUAUUAUGGACAUCUUUAGGAGGGGUGGAGAUUGUGGGAUGAGGGCUCAUUUUAUACAGUGUUUUUCAGAAUUGCUAAGGUCUUGAAACCCUAUUUGUUGGGUGGAACAGAGUUGAAAGCAUAAACCUUUCCCAUUUUGCUGUGUUCCUAUUUCUAGCACCUUCCCAUAUUUAUGUGCCUUUUGUCUAUUUAUAAUGCCACUGGAAGGAGGAACAAUUGUAUUUGUAUCUUUAGUCUUCUGAAAAUGAAACACUACAGUGCUAUAGAAGAAUAUGUUGGCCUCCAGUGAGAUUCAGUAAUCUGGCUUGGAUACUGUGGGAAGCAGGUCAGGGUAGACAUUCUCUUCAGAUCUUUGUUUUGCAGACUUGCUUGUGGCCAAUACCACGUACAUCUGAUGUAGCAGUUGAUAGCCUUCUCUCAUGGUACAGCACCCCUGCAGGAUGUGAUACUAACAUACAUGCCUUUGUUACCUAGACUGACUUUAUUAACCACGAUAAUCACCAUUGUGAUCUUUAGUAGCCUUCCUGCACUAAAAAAAAAUCAAGCAAAAGAACUAAUUUACACCGGUUCUGUGUACACGUAUGGCCAUACGUAGAAAUGCACCAGUGAAUUUGUCAAGUUUCAAGAUCUAUAUUCUGUUCCAAAAGGUAUGUCCCUAAUGUUUGUUUUUUGUAUUGACUAACACGUGUGGGUGUGUGUACUUUAUAUGAAUUAAUUUUUUAUUGCAUAGUUGGAAUGUGUGAGUACAUCAGAGUGAAUGUGAAGGAAAGCCCUUCUGAGAGGUUUGGUGUUCAUGUUGUGGAAGUUUAAUUUAUUGAGCACUUUCAGUAGUACCUCCUGGUUUUAUUUUUCUUAAAGAGCUAAUGCCUUUCCUGGAUAUCAUGCAUAAUGUGACUUUGUUUUGCAGCUUUCAUGUUAGUCCUUUUUACAGUGAUGUACUUAGUCUGCACAGCUAGCCAGUCAGACAUGGACCUAGGUUUUUGUUUUCUUUCUCUCUCUCUCUCUCUCUCUUUUUUUUUUUUUUUAGAACAUGGAUUGAGAAAGGGGGUCCAAACCAGAAUGAAAUCGAAGAGUUAUACUAUUUGAGUGAAGCAUACAAAAUGUGGCACUAGAACUUGUAAUAACUACAAAUUUGUAGUGCCAUUUAGAAACUGUGAAUUUCCAAAUAAAUCUGAACACUUGUCUUUAAAA